AUGACAAUCGGGUCAUCGCGGGACCGCGGCGUGCGCCUGCAUGUGCCAUUCGCGUUGGUGCUGCCUCGGCUCACCUCUCUCCUUCCAGCACGUAAAGUGCAACCGCACGCGUGGCCCCACCUUGUGGGCCUGACGCUCGCCGACCCAGAGUACGACCAACCUGCCCCGGUGGACGCCAUCCUGGGGGUGGACAUCUUCAGCGCUCUUCUUCGAGAGGGACUCAAACGGGGGCCCGAGGGAUCUCCUUCGGCUCAGGCUACCGCCCUGGGCUGGGUACUAAUGGGACGAGUAUCUGCUCCAGCAGCGACACAGGAUCGCUCAGGCGUUUCCGUCCUCCACCUCUCCGCCUCUGGGACUGAGGUGGACCACGCCCUCCAGCGCUUCUGGCAGCUUGAGGAACUGCCAACGAAACCCGCUGCGUCUCCUGAAGACCUCUGCUGCGAGUCUCAGUUCGCGACCACUCAUAGUCGCAACUUGCGAGGCCGGUACACCGUGUGGCUGCCCAGGUGUGACAGCUCCGACGUUCGUCUGAACGACAAUCGCUGGGACGCGCUGAGUCUACUCACCAGCCUGGAGCGUCGGCUGUCACGCAACCCCACCUUACGGGAGCAGUACGCGACCUUCAUGGACGAGUAUCAAAAGCUCGGCCACAUGGUCGUUGUUCCGGCGACGGAGGUCCACCAAGCCGGGACCCAUUACCUGCCGCAUCACGCGGUUUUCAAAAAAUCGGACGUGAACAGCAAAAUUCACGUUGUUUUCAACGCGUCCCACCGCACCUCAUCCGGUUACGCGCUUAACGAUCUGCUCCUUCCAGGUCCGAAGCUGCAGUCUGAGCUCUGGGCGAUCUUGUCGCGGUGGCGCCUCUUUAGGCACGUUUUCACGGCGGACAUCGUAAAGAUGUUCCGUCAAAUUUUAGUGCACCCAGAGGACACCGACCUGCAGCGAAUCCUGUGGCGACCGGACCCCGCCCAGGAGGUGCAGGAUUUCCGCCUGCUGACGGUCGUCUAUGGCACCGCGGCGGCGCCUUACUUGGCGCUACGGACUCUCCUGCAGCUGGCCGAGGACGAGGGGCCCUAUUACCCCCGCGGGGCGGACGCCAUUAGGUCCCACUGGUACGUGGAUGAUAUCCUCGCAGGCGGUCACACACUCGCGGAAGCAGUGGAGUCCAAGCGGCAGACCGAGGCGAUCCUCGCCGCCGGUGGAUUCGAGCUUAGUAAAUGGGCGUCCAACGCGCCAGAGCUGGGCCCUGUAGCGGACAACGACAAGUUGUUUUGCGACCGCGAGGGGGUUUGCACGCUGGGGGUCCUGUGGAGCCCUCGUGAGGACAGCUUCGCUCUACGCUUGGCUCCCGUCUCGACAGCGCGAACCUGCACCAAGAGAACCUGCACCAAGAGAACAGUGCUCUCAGAGGUGGCCCGCUUCUUCGACCCCCUCGGUUGGGCCGCUCCGGUCCUGGUGUACGGGAAGAUCCUUAUCCAGGACUUGUGGAUGGCCGGGCUGCCUUGGGACGAGCCUUUGCCGGACAACCUGAGGACGACUUGGACAACGUUCGCUGAAACCUUGCCCCAGCUGAACCGGCUGCGCAUACCACGCUACGUGGACUUUCCUGGGCCAGGGGGCGAGGUCGAGCUUCACGGUUUUGCCGACGCAUCCAGCCGUGCCUAUGCCGCUGCGGUUUACCUGCGGUGUACGACUGCCCCCGGUGGCAUGACGGUCAGGCUCCUGAUCGCCAAAACCAGAGUGGCUCCGGUCAAGCGGUCUUCGAUCCCUCGUCUGGAGCUCUGCGGCGCAGUCCUCCUCGCUCGACUCAUGCGCAGCACCGCCCGGGCACUGGGUCUUGAACAUGUCCCAGCCUUUGCGUGGACGGAUGCCACCGUUGCGCUAGCGUGGAUCCGGUCCCAUCCAGCGCGCUGGAAGCCCUUUGUCGCGCAUCGAGUGGCGGAGGUGCAGGAUCUCGUGCCUACUGCGCGAUGGAGGUACGUGCCGACCAGGGACAAUCAGGCCGACGCGGCCACACGAGGCAUAUCUCCUGCGACCUUGGCGGACCUCCACAACUGGUGGUCUGGACCGCCUUGGCUCUCCGAGCCGGACUACGCGGUCACCGAGCCGUGCCAGCCCGAUCAUGGUGUCAGGGAGGAGGAACUCCGGCCAAGGGCGACCCUCAUUGCGAGGCCAGAGGAGCCGAACGACGUACUACGCCGUUACUCCAGUCUUGACCGACUGCUGCGAGUGUCGGCAAUCAGCCUCAGGUUCCUCUACAACGCACAACACCCUCAAGGAAGGCGGACGGGCUUCCUGACGGCAGCCGAGCUGACCUCGGCUCGCAACCGGUGGGUGCGGAUCGCUCAGGCCGAGGACUUCUCCGAGGAGAUGGCCCGCCUCCGAAGCGAGCAGCGGUGUCCGGUGCGGUCACCCCUGCUACCUCUCCGCCCUAUCCUGGACCGGGACGGCCUGCUGCGAGUGGGGGGACGCCUGCAGGAGGCGCUCCUUCCGUUCGCCGAGAAGCACCCGCUCAUCCUCGCGAAGGAGAACUAUCUCUCGCUCCUCCUAGUGCGAGAGGCUCACGCCAAUUCGCUGCACGGAGGACCGCAGCUGACCCGUAGUCUGCUUCUGAGGCGUUAUUGGAUCCUGCGAGCAAAUUCGCUGGUCCGGUCGGUCAUUCACGCCUGCCUGCGCUGUACUCGAUUCCGAGGUGCCACCGCAGAGCAGCAGAUGGGCCAAUUGCCGGCGGAGCGUGCGCGACCCGGCCGCCCCUUCUCCACUGCUGGAGUGGAUUACACCGGCCCUGUGCCCCUCCGAACCUCUAAAGGACGCGGCCACAAGGCCAUUAAGGGCUAUAUAUGUCUAUUUGUGUGUCUGUCGUCCAAGGCGCUUCACUUGGAAGCGGUCUCUGAUCUCUCCUCCGCCUCAUUUUUAGCCACCUUCAGAAGGUUCAUCUCCCGUCGAGGUCACUGCCGGCGCCUCCUGAACGACAACGGGACGAAUUUCCGAGGCGCCGACAGGGAACUCAGAGGCAUGUUCCGCGCAGCAUCCGAGUUCUACAAGGAGUGUGCAUCGAGCUUCGCCAACGACGGUAUGGACUGGGCCUUCAUACCGCCUGGCGCUCCUCACUUCGGAGGCCUUUGGGAGGCCGGCGUCAAGGCCGUGAAAUACUAUCUGCGACGCAUCGUUGGGGAUACCUGCCUCACCUUCGAGGAGAUGGCCACCUUGUUGGCCCAGAUUGAGGCCUGUCUCAACUCCUGGCCGCUAUAUGCGCUCAGCAACGACCCUUCGGACCUUGUAGCCCUUACACCGGGGCACCUUCUGGUCGGGGAACCGUUGGCGGCUAUACCGGAGCCUCCGCACGCCGAACAAAAUCAUGGCGAACUAGCGACGCGCUGGACGCUGACGUCUGCCAUGCGGGACCAGUUCUGGCGCAGAUGGUCAAAUGAGUACAUCCAUCAUCUGCAGCAGCUGAAGCGUUGGAGGAGACAGGCGCCCAAUAUAGCCGUAGGCGACUUGGUCCUGCUCAAGCACGAGUUGCAGCCUCCGACGAAGUGGGCGCUCGCUCGCGUCGACACCCACCCGGGUUCCGAUGGGCUCGUCAGGGUGGCCACCAUUAAGACCGCGAACUCGGUGCUGAGACGGCCGAUCGCGAAGCUUGUACCGUUACCGGUCAACGACGGAGCCCAACGGGGCUAA